AGCAACAGCUGAGCUGAUUGUGCUGGGGAGACUGAGACUGCAGAUCCACUAGUUGCUUUUGGAGACAUGGCUGGAAAAGCACACAGACUCAGCGGGGAGGAAAGAGAGCAACUGCUGCCUAACUUGAGAGCAGUAGGCUGGCAUGAACUGGAUGGCAGAGAUGCAAUAUGCAAAGAAUUUCAUUUUAAAGACUUCAACCGAGCCUUUGGAUUCAUGACAAGGGUGGCUCUGCAGGCUGAAAAACUUGAUCACCAUCCAGAGUGGUUCAAUGUCUAUGAUAAGGUUCACAUAACAUUGAGCACCCAUGAUUGCGGUGGUCUUUCUGAGCGAGACAUCAACUUGGCUAGUUUUAUUGAACAAAUAGCUGCCAGCCUGUCUUAGGAAACACAUUCCCAAUUGUCAUGUAAUUUCACAAUGUCAGUUUCCAGUGUUUCCCCUUGGAUUUGUUUUAUAUACAUAUUGAUUUAAUGCCCAGUGAUAUUCUUUAGACUCUGUAUAACAUUCCAUACUUGGGUGUUGUUCACAAUAACAACUUGAAGCAAAACUUUUUAAUGUUUUUUUUUUCAUGUUUUUUUUUCUCCUUAAUUUUAGUAACUAUAAUAAGUAAGGCAAAUCUCUAAAAGGAUAUUGUGAUUUUAGUAUUAAAUGCAUUUGGUCACUUCAGGCUAUACCAAUGCAGCAAUACAGUAGCUGAUAAGGGAAACCCCCUUGGAUGUCAUUGCUGUUGCUUCUGGAGGGUCCUCUGUGAUAAGCCACAACUGACCGGUCAACAUAAUCAUUUGUGCUUCUCUGGACAACUUGCAGAGUGAUCCCCCUCAUUUUCAAUUUUUUUAUCCCUUUUUGAUUUUGUUAAUACUGCUGUUCUGUUAAUCCUGUCUGUAGUGAGAAUGUGUAUAAUCUUAUGCAAUAGCCUUACUUUUAAACAGUGUUAUGGUUAAGGCCUCAGUUAAUGUUUCAGAAGAGUCUGUUACCAUUCAAGUGUUUUGUGUAUUUGUUCAUUACACUUGUUUCUGUUAUUGUAUCAAUUUCAUGCAAAUAAUUACUUUUACCUAAUAAAAAGGCCUAGACUACCUAACAAACAAUGGUACUAGGACACAAUAUAAA